ACUUUUAUAAUAUAGUGUAGGAGGUUAUUGUGAAGUGAAUCUCAGUUUCUGUGUUCUGUAGGCUAUGUGCAUUUAACCACCUCGUGAUUUAUUCAACACUCCAUCGAACGUAAAACACUGACUACUGUAGGUUCACUGCCCUUGGGAAAAGCAUGUUCAUCACUGUGUCAGCGGCAGCUACCGCUUACGGACUCCAGGCUGAAGGAAAACACAACUCAACAGAGACUGUCAGGUUGGUGGGAGGAGAUAGCCGCUGUGCAGGAUCACUGGAGCUGAAACAUCAGGGAGACUGGAAACAAGUGAGUGACACUCACUGGAACCUGAAGAAAGCAGCGGUUGCCUGUAAAGAGUUGGACUGUGGCUCUGCUGUUUCUGUAGGAUGGAGAGAAGAGUCCUCAGACAGAUCUGUGUGGAAGCUCAAAUAUGACUGUGUUCAGUCUGGAUCUGCUCUGAGGGAGUGUGCAAGAUCAGAUUCCUCGUCCACCAUUGUGGAUCUCAACUGUUCAGAAUCUGUCAGGCUGGUGAAUGGGACUAGUCUGUGCUCAGGCAGACUGGAGGUGAAGACUAACAAGUCUCCCCAGCGGUGGUCCUCGGUGUGUGAAGAUGACUUUGACCAUCAGGAUGCAGAGGUGGUCUGUAGGGAGCUCGGCUGUGGGGCUCCUUCAGUCCUUCAGGGGGUGCACUAUGGAGAAGUGGAAGCCCCAAUGUGGACCAAAGAGUUCCAGUGUGGAGGCCAGGAGUCUGCUCUCCUGGACUGUGGAAGCUCAGGCUCAGAAAGAAACGUCACCUGCUCACCUGGCAAAGUAGUUGGACUCACCUGCUCAGAGCCUGUUAGGUUGGUGGGAGGAGACAGUCGCUGUGCAGGAAUAGUGGAGCUGAAACAUCUGGACUGGAGACCAGUGAUUAACUAUGACAUCACCCCAGAUACAGCAGCUGCCAUCUGUAAAGAACUGGACUGUGGCUCUGCUGUUUCUGUAGAUGAGAAAGAGGAGUCUUCAUACAGAGAUAUGUGGAGGGUCAGCUCUGACUGUGUUCAGUCUGGAACUGUUCUGAGAGACUGUGUAACACCAUGGCACUUUCACAUCGCCCUAAAUCUCACCUGCUCAGAUCUGUUUCAGCCCAACAUCUCUGUGUCCUCGUCCAUGGACGGCGCCUCUGAGGCCCAGCAGCAACGCUUUCGGGUGUUCAGGGGCUCCACCUUCAACGUCAGCUGUUCCAUUCAGCCACAGUACCCAGGAGGCUCCUUUCAGCUCACCUUCACCUCCUUAAACUCAGCACACAACUACACCCAACCAGCUGUUAAUCACUCUGCCCACUUCCUGUUUCCUGCUGCACAGGCCGUCCACCACGGAAAUUACAGCUGUGUUUAUCACGUCUCUGUUUUAUCUCAUAACUUCUCCUCCGAGAGCCGUCUGCUCUCUCUCACUGUCUCAGACCUACUGUUUCCACCCAACAUCUCCUUGGACGGGGACUCCGAGGCCCAGCAGCAAGGGUUUCGGGUGUUCAGGGGCUCCAUCUUCAACAUCAGCUGCUUCAUUCAGCCACAGUACCCAGGAGGCUCCUUUCAGCUCACCUUUACCUCUACCAACUCAGCACACAAUUACACCAUGCCUGCUGUCAAUCACUCGGCCCACUUCCUGUUUCCUGCUGCAGAGCCCGCCCACCAAGGAAGCUACAGCUGUGUUUAUCACGUCUCUGUUUUAUCUCAUAACUUCUCCUCUGAGAGCCGUCUGCUCUCUCUCACUAUCAUAGUCCAAAGAAACCACGCUUGUUCGGAAGUUAUUAGCAAUCCGACACCUCUUAUCAUCAGAGCGGUCAUCCUGCCGCUGACUCUGCUGUUGGUGAAUGCUGCCCUUUAUCUUUACUGUAAGGAGGGCCGACUAAAGAGGAAGGAGCUCAUCUACAUCCAGAUGGAUUUCUGA